AUGCGCGCGCACAGCACGCUGGCCAACGUGCAUCUCCGCGCACGGCAGCCUGGCAGUGCAACAGCCCGCUGCGCUAUCGCGUCCAGGCGAGCUCGCCAGCCUGUCGGCCGGGGGUUUCUUCGUUUCCGUGACUGUUCCGAAGGGACUUCGCAGCCGCGGGUCGCGUUUCUGGCGCGCCCGCAGCAGGCAUUGGCGAAGAUGGCAGCGCUCGCCAACGACGGACCCUAUUCAACGGAGGUGCGUGAAGCGGUCCGCGCUGUGCGCAUGGCUUCGAGGCUUUGCAUCGCCGUGCAGCAGCAGAUGCGAAGUGCCGACCGGGAGGACAAGGCGGACGAUUCUCCAGUGACUGUGGCGGACUACGGCGCGCAGGCUGUCGUUGCGUGGGCUCUCACAAGGGCGUUCCCCGAAGCACGGCUUUCCCUCGUCGCGGAGGAGGACGCGGCGGACUUGCGGAAGCCUGACGGGGCGGCCAUGAGGGAGCGCAUCACCACCCUCGUCAACAGCGUCACCAACGCCGCACUCUCGGAGAAUGACGUGAUGGACCUCAUCGAUCUCGGCGGAUCGGCAGGGGGCUCGCACGGCACGCAUUGGGUGCUGGAUCCCAUCGACGGCACGCGUGGCUUCGUCGGAAUGCGUCAGUACGCCAUCGCGCUGGGCAUGAUCGACGUGCGCAUCCCCGCAGCGUCUCUGGUGGGCUCCGUUUCGAGGCGCCUUCGCUUCGGAUUCUCGUUCAGCUGUCACCCGCAUUUCGUUUUGGAGACCCUCCUGUCCAAAGAUUUGCGAGCAAGGGUUGCGGUUCUGUGCAGGAGGGAGAGGUCGUUUUGGGAGUGCUGGGCUGUCCAAAUCUGCCCGAACAAGGCAUUUCUCAGCAGGACGGUGGGUCUGAUGCCGCCGCAAGGGCAGGUGUAG